AAAGGAAAAGCGGAUCCGGAAGUAAACACGCGCUGCUGCAGUUUCAUUCUGAAGAUCUUUAAAUGAGGAAGAUGGGAGAUUUAAAAUCAAUAAACUGCGUUAAUCUCAUUAUCAGCGCUUUAUUUUACACAUGUGUGAGCUGCAGUUCAGUGGAACAGAAGAUCUAUGUUGAACUGAAUGAUACGGUACCGUGUGUUCGACUGCUGAAUGCCACACAUCAGAUCGGAUGCCAGUCAUCUAUAUCAGGAGACACUGGUGUCCUCCAUGUGUUGGAGACAGAAUCAGACCUGGACUGGAUUCUCAGCACUGGACCACAUCCUCCUUACAUGGUCGUCAUGGAGACGGCCUUCUUCAACAGAUCGGUGAUGUUGAGGAUGAAGAACUCGUCCAGGGUCGCUGGAGUCGCUGUGAUUGUGUCAAACACUGGCCCUGCUGACGGAUACUCACCCCACACCACCUGCCCCAACCAGAACACAGGUGUGUAUUCUGCAAGUUACGGCCCUGAACUAGCCAACUGUAACGUCACCGUAUGGAACCCGCUCGGAAACGGACUGUCCUACGAAGACUUUGCUUUCCCUGUGUUCGCUCUGAACGACGAGAAUCAAACUCAGGUUAUCCGCCAGUGUUAUGAGCUUCAUAACAAGCGUGUGAACGGCAGCGUUCCUGAGUACCCUCUGUGUGCGAUGCAGCUCUUCUCUCACAUGCACGGCGUGACCGACACAGUGACGUGUAUGAGACGCACAGACCUGCAGAACAGAUUCAGCAUCAACCCAGAAGUUCUGUGUGACCCCUUGAAUGAUUUUAAUGUCUGGGCAUCCACACGGCCCCUCAACAACAGCGCAAAGGGACACGUGGCGAAAGAGAGCGUUGUCAUCGCUGCAACAAGGCUUGACGGCCGGUCAUUUUUCUGGGAGAAGGCUCCAGCGGCUGAGGGAACCGUGUCUGGAAUCGUCACUCUGUUGGCUGCGGUUCAAGCACUUCAUCCUGUCACUCAAGAAGCUCCGCCCCCUCGCAAUAUUUUCUUCACCUUCUUUCAAGGGGAAGCGUUCGAUUACAUCGGCAGCUCAAAGAUGGUCUACGAUAUGCAGAAACAGGAGUUUGUUAUCGACUUGGAUAAUGUACACUCCAUGCUGGAAAUUGGACAGGUUGGACUGCACAGUGGGCGUGAACUGUGGCUGCACUCUGACCCCGUAUCCCGCAGAAACAACAGCACUGGAGAGGAAGUCCUGGCUCUGGUGAACAACAUGAAUUCUGUGGCUGCUAGUUUGAACCUCACAUUGACCGAACCAUCUUUCAGUCAGCCGUUACCACCCUCGUCCUUCCAGCGUUUCCUGAAGGCGAGACAGAUCCCUGGUGUUGUGCUGGCAGACCACCAAUCGGCCUUCAACAACAGAUACUACGAGAGUUUGUACGACACCGCAGCAAACCUGAAUGUGACGUACCCGCCAAACCUGAGUCCAGACAAACAGCUUGUAUACGAGUCCGACACUGCCAAGUCUCUAGCUGAAGUGGCCACACUAGUCGCUCGAUCACUUUACAGGCAGGCAGGAGGCGAGGAGAACGCACUCAACAACAUCACCGCUGACCCUAAGAUUGUCGCUCAGUUGCUGUAUGGUUUCCUCGUUCAGAAGAACAACAGUUGGUUCAGAUCUUUGUUGCCUCCAGAAGUGACUAAAAAAGGAGACAAUGCCAUGUUAGGUGCUGGUCCUCCUCAGUUCUACAUCGGUCUGGGCCCACGGAUCCACGGUCCAGUCCACAGCGUGACGCGGUUCGUGCAGUAUAUUCUGGCUAACCUGACAGGAACUGUAACCAACCUCACAGAGACUCAGUGCCAGAAUCCCAGCGAUAUCAAUACUGAGAGCAAAGAUUUGUUCGCAUACUUCUGGGUUUCGGGCUCCGUCUCUGUGAACAGCACUGGAGACCCGUUCUGUGUGCGAGCAUCUGUACGUCUGUCUAAAGCUAUCUCGCCUGCAUUUGAACUGCUGGAAUACGGAUCCAGAGAUUAUUCCACAUGGACAGAGUCUCGCUGGAAGAGCAUCCGAGCGCGGAUCUUUCUCGUGGCCAGCCGAGAACUCGAGAUGUUAACACUUGGGGUGGGCGUGGCUGUGCUGCUCUUGUCACUCUUGGUGACGUACUUCAUCAGUUCAAAGGCGGAGCUUUUGUUUAGCUCCGCCCGCGAUACGCCCACGACCACCUACUGAAGAGAACCAGAUACUGAAGAGUCCAGAGACUGCAAGCAUCCAUUAAAACCCAUCAAAACAAAUACACUCACAGAUCUGAAGCACAGAUAAACUUAACUUAUUCAAACCUCACAGAUCAAACAGAACUUGAAAUCACGUAAGGAUUCUUAUUGGUUUUAGCUGGACUGGUCUGAACUGGUCUGGUCUCCUGGAAAGUUGUUCAUAUUUGUUUUUCUCAUCAUUUUAAUAAUUCCAAUUUUUUUUUUCUAUCACGUGUUUGGGUGUGGCACAAAACUAAAAAGCUGAUUCUAACUGAAUGUGGUUAAUAAUAAUGAGUGAUUGAAUGUUGACAUACGUUGAGUGUCUGUUUUACGUUUGUGUAUGUAUGCAGUGAGUAUGUGCAAUAGCUUUCCGAGUGUGUAGUUUAAAGCUGAUUUUGUUGUUGAUCUUUUUUGUUUGGGAAUGUAACACUGUCCGUUCUGUCGGAACUGAGCAGCGACGAACGAGUCAAUUAGUUUACGACCACGACUACACAAUAAAACUCCAAACACAGACUGACUGCUCCGAAUCGCUCAUAAUGUUCCCAGUUAAGAGACACGGAGUUUUAAAAAACCAAAUGAUUAAUGAUAUACAGCGUUUGCUUGUUGACUUGAGUUGAAUGAAAGCUGUUUGAUCAAUGAUGUCAUAAUUUUUCUUGAAGAAACUGAUGACUUGAGAACUGAAUAAACAUCUUUUCCAAA